CCUCCUCAUGAAAAAUUCUCCAACAUCAACAUUAUAAAAUUCACUCAAAAUUAAUGCUACUAAUUAAAAAAAAUCUAGCAAUAAAUUAAAAUUAAUUUCUUAAGUAAGAAAACAAAUUUUGAAGAAGUUGGUGAAACCCUGGGUCCAAUAGUGGUUCUGUUACUAAGACUUAGAGAGAGAGAGAGAGAGAGAAAAAAACUCAAAGAAAGUUUUUUUUUUUUUUAUUUAUUUUUGUUGGUGUUUUAUUAGAAGAAAAAGAAAGAAAUGAACGAAAGGAAACAAAGGAUGAAAAAAAAAAAAAACUUGGUUUUCUUUAUAUGUAGUAUGUAUGUAUUGUAUAUAUAUACUGGUAAAGACAGUAUAAAUUUAAUUUUUAUGCUUGGAGGAUCAGAUUUUGAGUAUUGAAUCUCUGAAUUGGGGUCUCGAUCUGAGCCUCUUAAAAGAGAAAGAAAAGAAAAGAGGAGAAAAAGGGGUUAGAAUAUAGUAGAUUUUGAUUUUAUCUAUGAAUCUUUGGUUUUAAAGAAUGGAGCAGUCAUCUAAUACUCUCAGGGGGUUUCGCGUUCAAGCUCCAUUGGUUGAUUCUGUAUCUUGCUAUUGUAAAGUGGAUACUGGAUUAAAGACAGUUGCUGAAGCAGGAAAAUUUGUUCCAGGGUCAAAGCUUUGUAUCCAGCCUGAUAUCAAUCCUAAUGCACACAAGAGUAAAAACUCUCGCAAAGAGAGGACUCGAGUCCAGCCACCUCUUCUCCCUGGCCUUCCUGAUGAUCUUGCCAUUGCAUGUCUGAUUCGAGUUCCUCGUGUUGAACACCAAAAGCUCCGUUUAGUUUGUAAGAGUUGGAAUCGCCUUCUGGCUAGGAACUUCUUUUAUUCUCUCAGGAAAAGUCUUGGAAUGGCAGAAGACUGGGUUUAUGUCUUCAAACGAGAUCGUGAUGGAAAGAUCUCAUGGAAUGCGUUUGACCCCAUCCAUCAGCUGUGGCAGCCACUUCCUCCAGUUCCAAGGGAGUAUUCUGAGGCCCUUGGUUUUGGUUGUGCUGUUCUAAGUGGUUGCCAUUUGUACUUGUUUGGAGGAAAGGAUCCACUAAAGGGGUCAAUGAGACGUGUUAUUUUCUAUAGUGCCCGGACAAAUAAGUGGCACAGGGCACCAGAUAUGCUUAUAAAACGUCAUUUCUUUGGUUCCUGUGUAAUAAAUAACUGCCUUUAUGUGGCUGGCGGGAAAUGUGAGGGAACUCAAAGGACUUUACGAUCUGCUGAAGUUUAUGAUCCUAACAGGAACCGAUGGAGUUUUAUUCAGGAUAUGAGCACUGCUAUGGUACCUUUCAUUUGGGUAGUUUAUGAUGGAAAGUGGUUUCUAAAUGGGCGAGGGUCCCAUCGUGAGGUUAUGAGUGAAGCAUAUGAUCCUGAAACCAAUUCCUGGACCCCAGUUAGUGAUGGGAUGGUUUCUGGUUGGUGCAACCCUAGUAUCUCUUUAAAUGGACGGCUCUAUGCCCCGGAUUGCCGUGAUGGAUGCAAGCUUAGGGUGUAUGAUGGAGCCACAGAUUCAUGGAACAAAUUUAUUGAUAGUAAGCUCCAUUUAGGGAGUUCUCCAGCCUUGGAGGCUGCUGCCCUUGUUCCUCUCAAUGGCAAGCUUUGUAUCAUUCGCAAUAAUAUGAGUAUAAGCCUUGUUGAUGUUUCCAGUUCAGACAAAGGGGUUGAGAGCAACCCUCAUCUUUGGGAAAACAUUGCUGGCAGAGGUCAUUUCAAGACUCUUUUUACAAAUAUAUGGUCAAGUAUAGCAGGCCGAAGUGGUUUGAGAAGUCAUAUUGUUCACUGUCAGGUGCUUCAAGCAUGAGAACCAGAAUUAAAAUUUACUUAUCCAUGUGAAGAAAUUCCUGCAUUUGUUUAGAUUGUCAUGCCAUGGUAGUCAGAUUUCAAAUGUUUAUUUGUUCAACAACAAUUUGGGGCUCAGCACGUUCUGAAUGGAAAAGCUGAAUAUACUCUAUUACUUUUGCUGAUGUUUAUUCUUGCUAUGGACAUUGAUAUCAAUGGUGACCCACUAGGGGAGGUGAUUGACAUCCUCAUCAAGAAUGCUUUUGAGUUAAUGCACAGCUUGAAUGUUAUGACAUGGUGCAUUUGCAGGUGAGGUGGUUCACUAUUGAUCUCGCCUAUAGAAUUAUGAGGUUAUUUCUUUACAUUUAUGAAGAGAUCAGAUAUUUGUAAAUCUUGUCAUUCGGGCGUAGUACUGUGUUUUUUGAGAUCUUUAUCUUUUGUUUUAUGUAAUCUUUGAGAUGCUUUGAGAUGUAAAUGGUUUAUAUAACAUGAGUUAAUAUAUGGUUGGAUCCUCAAUCUUUGUGGC